AUGGAGAAAGAAACGCCAGCAUCACCAGUUGCUCGCUCAAAGGCUCACAUCCCCGCCUAUAUCAUUGCCUGGAUCGUCACCUCAAAUACUACAAUUCUUGCCAACAAAUGGCUAAUAAGCUCUGGGGGAUUCGCCAUCCUCCUCACAUGUUUGCAUCUCACAUUCGCCUCCGUCGUCACCCAGAUUCUCGCCCGCACAACAAAUCUACUUCACCGUCGUCACACACUACCUAUCGACAAGAAUUUCUUCCUACGGACAAUUUUACCGAUGGGCAUAGUCGCCUCAGGGUCCCUUGUCUGCUCCAAUCUUAGCCUCGUUUAUCUCUCCGUCUCAUUUCAACAGAUGGUCAAGGGCUGCAGUCCCGUUCUGACCCUAUUCGUUUCUUGGUUGCUGGGGGUAAGACAAGUUACUAAGAGUGACAUACUGAGUGUCACUAUUAUUGCUGGCGGUGUUGUAUUGGCCAGCGCUGGAGAGAUUCACUUUUCUGUAAUUGGCGUUGUAUAUCAACUUGCCGGACUACUCUUCGAGGCGACCCGCGUUGUUCUCAUCCAACUUAUGCUUACAGGCGAAGAUGUAGCUCUGGAUCCCAUCGUCGGCCUCUACUACUAUGCGCCCUUCUGCGCGCUACUCAACUUCGGCAUCAUGUGGGUGGUUGAGGUCCCUCACCUCUCUAUUGUCGGGGUGACUCCGGUAACUUGGGUCAUGCUCUUUGGGAGCGCCGUUAUUGCAUUCAUGCUAAAUUAUACAAGCAUGGCAUUGAUUGGCAAGACAUCGGGCCUUACCACGACCUUAGUCUCAAUCUUCAAAAACAUUCUUUUGGUCGGAGUCUCGGUCCUUAUCUGGAGCACUCCGAUCUCUCCCAUCCAGUUUCUAGGCUACUCUAUCAGCCUCAUUGGGUUGGUGCUUUACUCGUUUGGUUUUGGGCAACUCAAUGCAGGUAUUAAGUCACUAUUAUCGUGGCUCGGGUUGCGAUGGAAAGACGAUGCCGUUAUCUUGGGCCAAACGCUUCCGACAUCCCAGUAA